CUUAACCCUAGGUAUGGCCGGUACAAUUAGAAAGCUAAUUAAAAAAACAAAAACCCUUUUAAUUUCUUCCCAAGGGCCAAGGUAGAGGUGGUAGUAUGUAAAACUGUAUAUAAUUAAUAAUUGAUCAUAUAUCUUGCUGGGCAAAAAAUGAGCAAUAACACAGACUCCAUCUCUACCCAAAAAGUUCUUCAAUGUGUAAGGUUCCCUCCCAGAGGGGUUUCACUUGGAAUAUUUGGAAAAGAGAAUAAUCCCUGGACUUAUUCAGUCCCAACUAUUCAAUCUCAAAUACUCCUUAUAUAUGUUGUCACACAACUUUUUCAUACCCCCCUCAAGCGCCUUGGAUUUCCCAAGAUCACUUCUGAAAUCUUUGCCGGGUUAAUCCUUGGAUCUACUUUGCUUGGACGUUAUAGGAGUUACCAAGAAUCCUUGUUUCCUAUUGCAAGUCAAGGAAUUCUGGGUGCACUGUCAACUUUUGGUUACCUACUUUUCCUGUUUCUAAGUGGUGUGAAAAUGGACACUAGCUUGACAAGGAAAAUAGGAAGAAGAGCACUAGUAAUAGGCAUUCUUAAUCACUUGGUUCCCUUGAUAGCUGGUAUGAUAACCGUAUUUGCGUUAUCACGUUCUUUCUUUCAAGAAGGUGCCAAAACAGUGUCCCCUUCUGUUGAAGUGAUAACUAUUGCUAAGACCUCAUUUCCUGUCAUCUCUUUCCUCCUUAAGGAUCUCGGACUCCUUAAUUCUGAACUUGGACGGUUAGCACUUUCUUCCGCGCUUAUUAGUGACUUAUUUGGGCUCACUAUCACCGUAAUUAGCGUGCUAGUUGUUAUAAGUGCAACGGGUACAUUGGCAAGAGCAGUCAAGGAUGCAAUACUUUUUAUUAUUUUCAUUAUUGUGGUUAUUUUUGUCUUUAGACCACUCAUGAUAUGGGUAGCCAAAAGGACCCCUGAAGGGAGGCCUGUUAAAGACCUUUACAUUUUGCUAAUUGUUCUUGCCGUUUUACUUUCUGGUGUGUUCUCAGACUGGGCUGAACAAACAGUACUUGUGGGGCCUUUUAUCUUUGGUUUAGCCGUGCCUGAGGGACCACCUUUAGGAUCUACUCUAGUAGAUAAACUUGAUCCAUUUGCCUCAGGCUUUCUGUUGCCUAUUUUUGUAAGUCUAAUGUCAUUAAGAACAAAUCUCUCCGCCAUAAAUCCGUCUUCUUCUUUUACAUUUGCCAAUAUUAUCCUAAUGUGUGUUGCAAGUAUAUCAAAGAUACUAGCAUGUUUACUUCCCAUGCUAUAUUGCAAGAUGCCCUUAAAUGAUGCUGCAGCACUCAGCCUCAUCAUGUCUACGAGAGGGGUUGUCGACUUGGCUACCUACAGCUUCCUAAGAGAUACUAAGAUUAUCAAUCAGGAGACUUUUGCUUUUAUGGUUAUAGCAACACUUUUUACUGCAGUAUUUGUACAAAUCAUGGUGAGCUGGCUUUAUGAUCCAUCUAGGAAAUAUGCUGGAUAUCAAAGAAGGAACUUAAUGAACUCCAACAACAAAUUGCCCAUACUUUUUUGCAUCCACAAUCAGGAUAAUACUGCUGCUAUACUUAGACUGCUGGAGAAAUCUAAUCCCACUAGGGAUUUCCCUGUAGUUGCCAAUGUCCUCCACCUUAUAGAGCUACGGGGUCGAGCAUCUUCUGUUUUCAUCUCCCACCAAGUUCAGACAAAGGCCAUUUCUGAUGUAUCUUAUUCAGAAAAUGUCAUUCUUGCUUUCCAAGGGUACGAACGGAACAACUAUGGAGCUGUGACCAUCCAGGCUUUUACGGCUAUCUCCCCACGCAAUCUAAUGCAUGAGGAUAUAUGUACUCUUGCCCUUGAUGUCCUUGCAUCCAUCAUUAUAUUGCCCUUUCAUCGAAAAUGGGCCGUAGAUGGAUCAGUAGAAGUUGAAGACCACAGUUUGAGAACUUUGAACUGUAGUGUUCUUGAAAGGGCUCCUUGUUCAGUUGGAAUCCUAGUUGACCGAGGCCAGUUACGCCGCUCUAACUCUGUCCGUUCAUCACAGAAUGCAUAUUGUGUUGCUAUGCUAUUUCUUGGAGGAAAUGAUGAUCAAGAAGCAUUGACUUUUGCUAAGAGAAUGGCCAUUAGUGGGACCGUUAGCCUCACAGUGAUACGGUUAAUGUCUAAGAAAGAAAUGAGUUCUAAUGUUGAUCAAGUUGUUAAUUUGGAUAUUGUAGGUGACUGGAAACAUAGCAGAAGUGGUUGGGAAAAUGUGCAGUACAUUGAACGUCAAGUGAAUGAAACAACGGAGACAGCCUUGUUAGUUCGUUCGUUAGUGGAUGAAUAUGACCUUAUAAUAACAGGGCGACGAAAUAAUGUGCAUUGUCCUCUAACAGCAGGACUUGAGGAAUGGAGUGAAAUCCCAGAGUUAGGAGUCAUUGGUGAUAUGCUUGCCUCAAAGGAUCUUAAGACCAGGGCUUCUGUCCUGGUGAUUCAACAACAGCAAAUAGCAAUUUAGCUAUAUUAUAUGGAUCCUUCAAUUGCCAUGUUAUACCUGUAUUAAACGGGUGUAAUACUGGUGUGAAUGCUCCGUCGAAAUCCUCCCAAAUACAAGAAAGGUUAGCAAAAGCUGCACGUACACCAGUAUCAGAUAACCGAACCCAUGUACAUAGCUCACUAGACUUUGUAUAUCUGAUUUUUGUCCUUCUCCCUAACAGUUUUGUUACUCCAAAAUUAACAUGUUUGAAUAUGAUUUUUGGUUUCAUUUUC